GUUUUCUGCUUCAACCCUGAUCUUUGCGGCGCCCUCAGACUCAAGGAACCGUAACACCCGAGGUUUGGGGGUCGCCGCGUACGUUAAAACCCCUUCAUGCCCUCUUUCCGCGCUCGAUGAGUCCCGGCAGCACCGCGAGACGUUCCAGGCCCUUGUAGCUCCGCUGCGGGUCCGGAGGUCCCCGUCUGCUUCGGUUUAAAAUCGCUGUGAGGCGGGUCCCCGACCCUGGCCUUCCCGCCUUGGGUGCAGUAGACACCGCGUGCUGCGUCGUUUUCCUGCUCAGAACCUUUCGGUGACUCCCGCAGGCUCCCGUCCCCUUCCCCUCUCAGCCGCGCUGUGUGAAGUCCUUACUUCUCAGGUGGAUUCUUUUUCUCCCUCCCUUGUUCCCCAGCCUCGCCCCUCUCUGCUCCUCCAAGGCAGAGAUGGCAGUGCAUACAUGGACGCCACAUCUCCUUGGCCUUGGGAUUCCGCAAACCCCACCGCUUUCCUGACACUUGCUCCAUCUCUUUGUCUUCCGGAGUCGGGCUCCUUCCGUCCUUAGUCCUCCACUUUGCUGUCACCGCCUUAGGGGAGAUGUCUGAUUCUUUCGCUGGGGGAGACUUUUCCUCUGAAGCCAGAGUUCUGUAUCCAGCUGUCUCCUCAACAUCUCUGCUGGGAUACUGACUGGCGUUUUCAUCUUCAUAUGUUCAAAAAUGGUCCCCUGAACUCCGCCAGAUGUGUUCUUCUGCAGUCCUCCCGCUACAUCUCAGCAGAGGGCGACCCUGUACUUCCUGGGAUUUAGAUGAGUGUCUCAGCAUGUUUUCAGAAUAUAUAAGAUAUUAUUUUAUUUGUUAGUAUUUUAACUUAGGACAAAACAAAUAAAAAAAUGGUUAAGGGAAUACUUGGUUUUCAAAAAUCUUGGGGACAGGGAAGAAUGUUUGAAGACCACAGCCCUUUCUGAUCUUAGCUCUUACUUGGCUCCUCUUCACUCAGUCUACUCCAGCCACACAGGCUGCUUUUCCCUUCCUGGAGCCAGGAACACCACCGCCUCAGGGCAUUCACUUUGGUGUCCCUCUGCCUAGAAGUCACUGACCCCUCACUUGCAGGUGACAAAAUCCCUUCUUUCCUCAGGUCUUUGUUCUGAUAUCACCUCUCAGAGGCACCUUCUCUGAUUUCUCUCUCCUCUCCCUGCCUCCUUUUAACAUCCAGCCACCCCCUCACCCCCACGUCUGGUCCGUAUUGCCUACUCUGCUUGUUUCUCUCUGUUCCUUCCCUUUCCUCUGGCUGGAUCCACAUGACAACAGUGCCCACAUGACAACAGAGCCACAAGCUGGGAGGUGUGCUGGGCUUGCCUCCUCUGAGGGGUGCUCAACCCUGGCUUUGUGUUGGAUUGCUGAGGCGUUUUGCAAGUAUAUCUCUUGUGCCGAGUCCCCAGAGAAUCCACUUCAGAUGGUCAAGUGGGAUGGGAUGUUUUAAGUGUCCCAGGUGAUUCUGAUCUGCGUGCAGCAUCGAGCAGCGAGGCUCUGGGUCCUCCAUUUCUGAGGAUGGGAUCAGCCUGUGAUCCCAGGACAGGGUUGACUUCUCAAGAGCAAUCUUGCCCAAGGAAGAAGCCUGGAAGAGGAGGAAGAGGAAAGAAGAGGAGUCAAGAAUGGCUCUUUCCCAGGAACUGCUGACGUUCAAGGACGUGGCCAUAGAGUUCUCUCAGGAGGAGUGGGAAAGCCUGGACCCCGCUCAGAGGGCCUUGUACAGGGACGUGAUGCUGGAGAACUACAGGAACCUGCUCUCCCUGGGUGAGGAGAGCUGCCCUCCAGAAGUCAGGAUCUGCCCUGAUAUCUCUGCUAGAUCUAUGAUCAAGGAAUUGUUACUAAAGGAAGACAUUAAUAUUGGAGAAUUAUACCAACCAGUGGUCUUGGGAAGACAUAAAAGCCAUGACAUUGAGGAUCUUGACUUUGGGGAAGUCUGGAGAAAUAUGUAUGACUUUGAGAGUACGUGUGGAUAUGAAGAAAGAAAUUCCGAAGAAGUGCUUAUGACAGAUAAUGUAAAUCUCAGUAGUAAAAAAGAGAAACAAGGCAACAUAUCUUGCAUUAAUUUACCUUUAAAGCAGAAUGUUUCUUUAAGGAAAAGUGCAUAUCAACAUUUCAAACAUGCGAAGUCAUUUAUAAAGAAUUUGUUAAAGAUAAAAAACAUAGUCUCCUCAGGAAACAAGUAUAUGAAAUGUUUUGAAAAUAGACUUGGAUUAAGCUUUCAGUCACAUCUGGCUGAAUUGCAGAGAUUUCAAACUAAAGAGAAAAUUUAUGAAUGUAAUCAAGUUGAGAAGUCUAUCAAAAUGUAUUCCUUAAUUUCACCACUUCAAAGAUUUCCUCCUCCUACUAUCAAAACCAACAUGUGUAAUAAAUAUAGAAAAGUUUUCAUGUAUCCUUCAUUGCUUACACACCAUCAGAAAAUAAACAGAGAAAAGCCACACAGAUGUAAUGAAUGUGGAAAGACUUUUAGCCAUUAUUCAGUCCUUACUAGUCAUCAGAGAAUUCAUUCUGAGCAGAGACCUUACAGAUGUAAUGAGUGUGGUAAAGCCUUUAAGCAGUUCUCAAACCUCACAAGACAUCAGAGAAUCCAUACUGGAGAGAAACCAUAUAAAUGUAAUAUAUGUGACAAGGUCUUUAAUCAAAAUUCCCAUCUUACCAAUCACUGGAGAAUUCACACUGGAGAGAAACCACACAAAUGUAAUGAAUGUGGUAAGGCUUUUAUCAAAUGUUCAGACCUCUGGCGUCAUGAAAGAAUUCAUACUGGAGAGAAACCUUAUAAAUGUAAUGAGUGUGGUAAGGGAUUUUCCAAACAUUCGUAUCUUUGGGAUCAUAAGAGAAUUCAUACUGGAGAGAAACCAUACAAAUGUGUUGAAUGUGGCAAGGUUUUUAGGCAGUGGUCUACGCUCAGGAUUCACCGAAGAAUUCAUACUGGUGAGAAACCUUAUAAGUGUAAUGAAUGUGGCAAAGCUUUUAAGCAGUGCUCACACCUCACUAAGCAUCAAAAUAUACAUCCUGGAGAGAAGCCACACAAAUGUAGUUUAUGUGGCAAGACUUUCAUCCACAUUUCAAGCCUUGUGAAACAUCAGAAAAUUCAUACUGGAGAAAAACCAUACAAAUGUAAUGAAUGUGGUAAGGCUUUUAUCCAAAGACCAAGUCUUGUAGAACAUCAGAGGAUUCAUACUGGUGAGAAACCUCACAAAUGUAAUGAAUGUGGCAAAGCCUUUACUGUGCGUUCAAGUCUAACUAAACAUAAGAGACAUCAUACUGGAGAGAAACCCUACAAAUGUAAUGAAUGUGGUAAAGCCUAUACACAAUUUGUACACCUUACUAGACAUCAGAAAAUACAUACUGAAAAGAAACAUUAUGAAUCAGCUGUACGUGAUAAUGCUUUUAUUCAAAGCUCAAGCUUGGGGGAUUAUCAGGGAAUUCAUGGUAGAGAGAAAUCUUACACCUGUAAUGAGUGUGGCAAAUCCUUUAACUGGUGUUCACGCCUUACUCGACAUCAGAGAAUCCAUACUGGAGAGAAACCAUAUAAAUGUGAUGUGUGUGGCAAGGCCUUUAGUCAAAAUUCAAACCUUACAAUUCAUCAGAGAAUUCAUACUGGAGAGAAACCUUACAAAUGUAAUGAAUGUGGCAAGGCCUUUAAACAGUACUCAAGCCUCACUAGACAUCAGAAUAUACAUCCUGGAGAGAAACCACACAAAUGUAAUGUGUGUGGUAAGGCUUUUAUCAAACGGUCACACCUUUGGGGUCAUGAGAGAAUGCAUGCUGGAGAGAAGCCAUUCAAGUGUAUUGAAUGUGGCGAGGCCUUUAGACAAUGGUCUGACUUCAGGAUUCACAAAAGAAUUCAUACUGGAGAGAAAUCUUAAAAAUGUAAUGAAUGGUGUAAAUCAUUUAACCAUUUUUUACAAUAGACUAUACUGCAGAGAAUUUAUGCUAGGGAGGACUAAGUCUGUAGUCCUAGAAGAUUAAUCAUCCUCAGCUAUUAAGUUCUUCACUGUAAUUAAAAAAGUCAUUUGAAACUCAUGAAAUGACGAGUAUUGUGGAGCAAGGAGAUCUUUGAAAGUGUACCAUUUCUUCAUGUUUAAGAUACUUUUAUUAUUUGAGCUUUCUUGAAGAGGCUACGUUACUGUUGAUGUCUUCCGACCUGAAGUUUGAAGUUUGUUGACCUUAUGCCGUCAUCACAUAUUUUUCCUGUGUUGCCAUGAUGGUCUGUUGGAGGAGAUCAAUGAGAUAGAUAAACAGGUGUACUUUAUUAGAUGAGGAUCAAUCAUAUCCACGUUUCCUGGGAGAAUGAGGACUCUGAAUUUUAACUUACAAUAAUGUGUGGUUUUGAAUGAGAGCAUAAGCUUUGGCUGAGAAUAUAUGCAAAAUGUUGUAAAUCACAUGUUCAGGACCCUCUUCUACAAAUUUGUUGGUACAACAGAGGGCCCCUGGAUUAUCAGAAGUCAUUGCUCUACUAGAUAAGCACGAAACAGCAGGCCUUAAGAUUGAGAGACUGAGAUUUUGAUGAGAAUAGUAUGAUAGGUUAGUAGGGACUGCUUCUGUGGUAGAAAUAAUGGCAAAGAAAUGAUGGUCAUCCUUUCUUUGUAAAGAAAAUAGCUGUUGCAUGUAUCAAAAAAUGAGUGAAAAAUUAAUCUUAUUCUUGGAAGCCAAAGAGAGCACCUAUCAGAGAGGAGAAUGUAAUCAAAAAACCAGAAUAUGGUGUACAUGUGUAGGAUUCGCCUUUAAGCACUAUAUCACUGAUACCAUUUUACAUACAGUAUAUCAUAGUUGUAAUGUUUAAUAAAAUUUAAUCAUUUUUCCAAAACUUGAAA